GUAUGAAAGAUUUCUUCAUUUCAGUUUGAGCAACGACUUCUAGCUCGUCGUUUACAAACAAUCGUUCAUUUAUCAGCUGCCUCUUUCGGCAGUGAGUCUCGAUAGGAAUUCUCGAUAUGUGAUCAGGCGCAACGAAAUUGCGCAUGCGCCGUCUCCUCGCCACCGGCACCAGGCGGGCACCGACUGGCACUUGGCUCGCUCGCUAGCUAGCUAGCUGCAGCUACUCACAUGGAGCUUUCCUAAACGACAUUCUUCAGUACAUAUUCUGCGUUGUUCUCUUUGCUAGCAAAGAAUAGCCGUUUUCAUAGUCUGCUAAGUAAGUCAAUAAUUGUUAAAUGACACUUGAACGACAACUACCGUGGGCUGGCAUGUAGUUAGCCAUUCCGCUACAACCACGGGGCGUUUUAUUAUUAUUAUUAUGAUGAUGAUUUCAAUUUGUUAGAAAUAGCAAUAGCAUUGUGUCAGUUAAGCCGCUGUGUUUUGAUAUGUCACCUCGAUAUCUCUGUAGCAGUUGAUUUGCCAGCCUGUUCCCCUCUCAGCAUGGCUGAAGACUCGAUGGAAAUCGAUGACUCUCUUUACAGUCGCCAGCGUUAUGUGUUGGGAGACAGUGCAAUGCACCAGAUGGCCCAGUCCGCAGUGUUUCUCAGCGGAAUGGGAGGGCUGGGAAUAGAGAUAGCAAAGAAUAUUGUCCUGGCUGGCGUGAAGGCUGUCACCCUUCAUGACAUAAAGCAGUGUGAGACCUUUGACCUUGGCUCCAACUUUUUUAUUCACAAAGAGGAUGUGUUGAGCCAGCGGAAAAGGGCAGAGGCGGUUUGUCCUCGAGUUGCGGAGUUGAACCCCUAUGUCCAUGUUGACACAUCCACCUCUCCUCUGGAUGACAACACCGAUCUCAGCUUUCUCCUAAAAUAUCAGUGUGUGGUUCUGACGGAAGCAAGACUGAGCCUUCAGAAGAAAGUGAACGAGUUCUGCCACUCGCAGCGCCCCCCCAUCAGAUUCAUUGGCUCUGACACGUAUGGCAUCUGUGCGCGGGUGUUCUGUGAUUUCGGAGACGGGUUUGAAGUGUCCGACCCCACAGGGGAAGAGCCCAAAGACAUUUUCAUCCAAAGCAUCACUCGUGAUAAUCCUGGUGUGGUAACCUGUCUGGACAACCAGCCUCACGGGCUCCAGAAUAGCCAGAGCGUCGUCUUCAGAGAAGUCAAUGGCAUGGUGGAACUCAACGGCACCUCACGAAAGGUUUCAGGUAUUUGGAAUAUUUCUGGCAAGAUUUCUUUUUCUGCACAAGCUGUCAUGAUAAUGAAGGUAAGUGAGAAUUGUAUGUUCUUGUAUUUGUUUCUAUGGUUAGUCCUUUCCCCUCACAGUUUUGCAAUAGGAGACACAUCCCAUCUACAAGCAUAUGCACACGGAGGUUUCUUUGUCCUUGUGAAAACCCCCAAAAUGUACACAUUUGAAACACUCGAGAGACAGUUGUGGGAUCCUCAGGUCUUGACUCCAGACUUCAGUAAACCAGAGGCACCACUACAGAUCCAUGCUGCCAUGUUUGCUCUGGAAACCUUUCAGGAACAGCACAAUAGAUUUCCCAACGCUGGCAGCUGUUUACAGGACGCUGAGACGUUACUGAAGUUAACCGAGGAGGUGAAUGCAACACUCAGGAACAAAGCUGCUGUGAAUGCAGAGUUGGUGCAAUGGCUGGCGAGGACGGCGAGGGGGACCCUUCCUCCAUUAGCGGCUGCCGUAGGAGGCCUUGCCAGUCAGGAGGUUCUUAAAGCCAUCACAGGGAAGUUUGCACCCCUGCAGCAAUGGUUUUAUUUUGAUGCCAUUGAGGUAGUGAAGCCACUUCAGUCUGUCUCUGCUGAUGAGUUUCUUCCUCGGGGAGAUCGUUAUGAUGGACUGCGAGCCUGUAUUGGUGAAUCGUUGUGUGGGGAGCUGCACAAGCUCAGGGUCUUCAUGGUGGGCUGCGGUGCCAUAGGCUGUGAAAUGCUGAAAAACUUUGCCCUGCUUGGAGUGGGAUUGGCUCAAACCUCGGGAGAGGUGUGUAUCACAGAUCCGGACCUCAUCGAAAAGUCCAACCUGAAUAGACAGUUUCUUUUCAGACCACAGCAUAUACAGAAGCCAAAGAGUACGACAGCGGCAAAAGCCACUCUGCAGAUUAACCCAGACCUGCAGCUGGACGCUCACCUCAACAAGGUGUGUCCCGCUACGGAGAGCAUCUACAGUGACUCCUUCUACGCACGCCUGAACCUGGUGGUCACCGCACUGGACAAUGUGGAGGCCCGCAGAUACGUGGACAGCCGCUGUGUAUCCAAUCAGAGAGCACUCCUCGACUCUGGGACCAUGGGAACUAAAGGACACACCGAAAUCAUUGUGCCAAAUUUGACUGAGUCCUACAAUAGCCAUAGGGACCCCCCAGAAGAGGAAAUCCCCUUCUGCACCCUCAAGUCUUUUCCUUCUGUCAUAGAGCACACCAUCCAGUGGGCCAGGGACAAGUUUGAGAAUGCAUUUGCCCAGAAGCCCUCCAUGUACAACUCUUUCUGGCAGACCCACACAUCGGCUGAAUGCGUGCUACAGAGGAUGCAGGCGGGUGAAAGUUUGGAGGGCUCAUUUGAAGUCAUUAAACUGCUUAACAGGCGGCCGCAUUGUUGGGAACAGUGCAUAACCUUGGCUCGGCUUAAAUUUGAAAAGUAUUUCAAGAGAAAGGCCUUGCAACUUCUGCAUGCUUUCCCACUGGACACGAGGUUAAAAGAUGGAAGUUUAUUUUGGCAGUCCCCCAAAAGACCACCAGCUCCCAUCGAUUUUGACUUAAAAGACCCCCUGCACUUCACCUUUAUUGUCAGCACGGCCCGGCUCUUUGCUGGCAUUUACAACAUUCCUUACUCAGAGAAGGAUCUUUGUGAACAGGCGGUGGCUGAAAUCCUCUCCCAUCUGAAGAUCCCCGAAUAUCAACCCUCGGUCAAAAGUAUUGAGACAGAUGAGGCGGCAAAGAAACCUGAUCAGUUGAAGAUGCCUCUUAGCAGCGAAGAGGAGAGAGCGGCCAUCAGGCAACUGCAGCACGCCAUUGCUGGCGACGUUGUCAAAGCAGCCAGGUUGCGGAUGUCGCCGCUGGAGUUCGAGAAGGACGACGACCGCAACGGCCACGUGGAUUUCGUCGCGUCCGCGUCCGCCCUCAGAGCCAAGAUGUACUCCAUCGAGCCCGCCGACAGGUUGAAGACCAAACGCAUCGCCGGCAAGAUCAUCCCCGCCAUCGCCACGGCGACGGCCGCUGUGGCCGGACUGGUGGCCCUGGAGCUGAUCAAGAUAGUUGGGGGCUUUGGCUUUGAAUCUUUGAAAAACUGCUUUUUCAACUUGGCCCUCCCCGUAGUGGUCUUCACUGAGCCGGCGGCUGUCAAACGGGCUCUCAUCAGGGAGAACAUCUACUUUUCCAUCUGGGACUGCUGGACUAUCAGCGGCCACGAGGACUUCACCUUGUCCGACUUCAUGAAUGCAGUCAGGGAGAAGUACGGAAUUGAACCCACGAUGGUUGUCCACGGUGUGAAGAUGCUCUAUGUGCCUGUGAUACCAGGACACACAAAGAGACUUAAACUGACGAUGCAGAAGCUGAUCAAGCCGUCGGCGGGCCGCCGAUACGUGGACCUCACGGUUUCGUUUGCUGCGGAGAGAGCCGAAGAGGAAGACCUGGCCGGUCCUCCCGUCAGGUACUUCUUCAGCCGCGACGAACACGCGCCCUGACGUGGUACCGCGUCCUGUCUCCUUCAUGUACGCCGUCGGAAUGACCAGGAAGCCGUGCCGGGCGGCGCACGCCGCCACUUCGGCCUUGGUUCCUGUUUUUUUUUUUUUUUUCCCCCUCUGAUCCAAGCAGACGAACAUGAAGGUUCCUGGGUAGCACUUAACUGUACAUACAGUGUGUUCUCUCCUGGUUUUUUUCUUUUUUUUCUUUUUACUCUGAUGAUGAAGUGGACAGCGCCCCCUGUGCUGAUGCCUUAAUCAAGACCCCUUUUUGUUUGUGGUACUAAAGCCUGUUUAAAAAAAAACAAGUGUUUACAGAAUCAUGUGCACUCCAUACACAGCCCCAGUUUUCUCAUUCGUGACCAGUCGUUGGCGAUUGCCCCAUUUAAGGACGGUCAAGUUUGGUUUCGAGGUGGAGAUGCCGCCGAAGAUGCCCGUUAUUUCCCCCCGUUCAACAAAAAGCCUUUACCCACACUUGCAAAUGAAGUCAUUGGGCGUUACUGUUGUUUCAUCCUCCUCUCAUCUAUGCAUACUUCGUAGUUGUAGUUGGACUUCAACGAACACAUCUUCAGCAACAUUUUCUAGAUUUUUUUUAAUUUUUCCCUCCCCCCAGGGUUUCUGUUUUUCUGGGUGUGCCAAUGUUGCGUUCCUGACUCGGUGUCUGUUUUUGUCGUGAGGACGGACUAUCAGGUUAAAGACGUUGGUAGUGUUGCACCUCCGUUGGAAGAUUUCCGAGAAAUAUUUUGAAGAAAAAUAACCUGGUGCUGAGUUCCACCUCCACACACCAACAUGCGUUUCCUUACACGUUUUAUUGAAAAAUGUCUGUUCCACAUGAUGAUUUGCAGUCGACGUCCACAAUCUCAAAACAAAACACAAUGAGUAAUGUUGAUGCUAUUAUCAGUAGUUCAAUAAAAAUGUGAGUUUUCAGGCU